UGACUCAUAAUUCAAUUCUACUGAUUAUUAUUAUUAUUAUAUUCUCCAUUAUCGAUUCUUUAUGAAUUGUUUACUAAGAUUCGCAACAGAUUGAAUCGCAUUCAUAGUUAUUACAGGUAAUAAUUCAUUGCAAUUGUCAAUCUGUGUAAUAACUACUGUGAAGAAGAUGGAACAGUCACAAUCGGUGUCUCAUUCGAUGACCUACGAUGAGAUGUCCAUGGAACGGAGCAAGACUUUCGCGAAAGCUCUUCAGGAACUCAAGAAUCUAAGGCCACAACUCUAUUCUGCUGCAGAAUACUGUGAAAAAUCAUAUCUAUGCACUGAACAGAAACAGAUGGUUGUGGAUAACCUAAAAGAUUAUGCAGUAAAAGCUCUUGUUAACGCUGUUGAUCACCUUGGCACGGUAGCUUUCAAAUUGAAUGAUCUUCUUGAGCAACAAACUAUAGAUGUUUCAUCCAUGGGACUGAACCUUUCUUGCUUGGAUCAGAAAUUAAUGACAUGCCAAACAUAUACGGGUAAAGAAGGAUCGAAGCAGCAACAGUUAUUAGCUAGCAUACCAAGGCAUCACAAGCAUUACAUUUUGCCAAAUAUUGUCAAUAAGAAUGUACAUUUUAGCUCACAACGUACUUACCCCUCAGGUAUCCCUGCUUCAAAAACUCUGUCUUGGCAUAUGGCAACAAGAACAAAAUCUACUUUGAAUGCUACUUAUACACCAAAUGCUGCUCUGGGUACUGGUGCUACAAUUACAUCUAGACCAAUGUCAGGAGUUUUCUGUUUCUCAAAUGAUGAUAACAACAAUAUGCUAACAAAAUCCUCGACUCCUCAGACAUUAGCUGCUGCAUUGCAGAAGGACUCGAUCGAGGGAUCAAAUAAAUUGGAGUUCAAGUCCUCGUUCAAUAACCGAAAUAGAAGUGAGGUUGAUGUUAGUCAUCAGCCAAUCCACAAAAGCAAGAGGGUAUUAUCUUCCCUCUUUGCUAAACAUAAGGCGGCUCACAGAGUUAGAAAGAACCGUCGCAUGAACAAGGAAAGUCGAAACAUAAAUGUUUUCAAAUCAUGUGUUGUGCCAUAAAAUUCAAAUGAUCUUUGUUAAUCUAAUACAAUGUCAUUGUUUGGAUCAGUGUUCAUCUUUUAGUUACUAUAUACAUGAUCAUGUGGAUGUGAACUGA